AUGGCGCAAAUGGCUAGGAUACGGGCGGGUCCGGCCGCGCUGCGACGAGCGGCUGGUGGCAAUCAGAUGUCACGUCCGCUUUCACGACCGCUUGCACACCCGGCUACGCGACUGUGCAUAGGCGCAUUACGGACAAGAUGCAUUGCGACGAAUGCUGCGAUCCAGGAACCUAAUGUGGAUUUCCCCGCGAGUGUGCCUCCCGUUUCGGUGCCGGUGUCGUCGAAGGUGGAUGAGCGGAGGAAAGCGAUUAAGAACGCGAAACCGUUCUCAGAUUUCUUGACGGAUACGUUCAAUCGGCAGCAUGACUAUCUCCGGAUCAGCAUCACAGAGCGCUGCAACCUGCGGUGUCUGUACUGCAUGCCAGAGGAGGGAAUACCGCUAUCACCCCCCGCCAACAUGCUCACCACGCCCGAGAUCUUCUACCUCUCCUCCCUCUUCGUCUCGCAAGGCGUGACCAAGAUCCGGCUUACAGGCGGCGAGCCCACGGUCCGCCGCGACAUCGUCCCGCUCAUGCAGCAAAUCGGCAGUCUGCGCCCGCGCGGCCUCCGCGAACUCGCCCUCACAACCAACGGCAUCUCGCUGCACCGCAAACUAGACGCCAUGGUGGAAGCAGGUCUAACCGGCGUCAACCUCAGUCUCGACACUUUAGACCCGUUCCAGUUCCAGAUCAUGACCCGCCGGAAAGGCUUCGACGCCGUCGUGCGCUCCAUCGACCGCAUACUCGAAAUGAACAAGCUGGGCGCGAAUGUUAAGCUGAAGGUCAACUGCGUCGUCAUGCGCGGUCUGAAUGAGCGCGAAAUUCUCCCUUUCGUCGAAAUGGGCCGCGAGAAAGAUAUUGAAGUGCGUUUCAUCGAGUACAUGCCCUUUGGCGGCAAUAAAUGGAGCGAGAACAAAAUGAUCAGUUUCCAAGAGAUGCUAGACAUCAUCCGUACGAAAUACCCCGGCCUAAGACCCGUCCCCGGACACAAAAACGACACGAGCAAGACGUACGAAGUGCCUGGUUUUGUGGGCAAAGUCGGCUUUAUAACGAGUAUGACGAACGAUUUCUGCGGGUCCUGCAAUAGGCUUCGCAUUACGAGUGAUGGGAACCUUAAAGUCUGUUUGCAUGGUAAUGCGGAGGUGAGCUUGAGAGAUGUGCUGAGACAGGGUAAUGGCGGCGAGCCUAUUGAUCAAGAAGCGUUUGAGCGUAUCAGGCAGAUUGAGAUGGACAGACAUGAGGGCCGGCUUAGCGACGAAACGGUGCUGGGCUGGGGCCAACGCGAGCGCGAACUUCUAGACGUUGUUGGAGCUGCUGUUAAGCGGAAGGCGGAGAAACAUGCUGAUCUGGACGACCUUGCCAACAUGGAGAAUAGGCCUAUGAUUUUAAUUGGUGGCACACCUACCUCCCCACUCCCUUUCCUACCCAACCCAUCCCACCCCACAACAACCUCCGUCCGCGCCUUCUCAACAUCUCCCACCCCCUUCGCAAAGAAAACCUACCAACUCAAACGCCUCGCCAAAGCAAAAAAGCUCCUAAAGAACAUUGACACAUCAAGAUCCACAGACGCCUUCGGCGUCCAGCGGUUUCUAGAGGACGUCGAAGCACCAAAUGAAUCUGAAAACCUCCUGAGGGAUAUCGAGAAGAAGAUUGCUAAUCUACAUCGUCGGAUCGUGGAGGUUGAGAGGGGGACGCCGCUGGCUUCUACUUCUAGUGAUGGAACGCGCGCGCCGGUGAUGGUGGUGGAGUUGGAAGAGACGGAUUUGAGGGAGGCUAGUGCGGAUGCGUUUGAUGCUGUUGGUACUGCUGUUGGUAAUGGGAACGAUAAUGCGACGGGACCAAUAAAAAGGAAAGGCAAAAACGAGCGCGAACGAGCCCGAAGACGGGAACAAGAAAGGUAUCGAAAUGAAAAGAUGAAAGAACUUGGAAUGCUAUUAGCAGAAUACAAAGCCCAAGCCGACGUCGUCAAAGCGGAAGCUGAGAAAACGGCUGAGAUGCGAAAGCGACGCGAAGUCGUCCUAACCAAGAAACGCUUACUACUUCGCCAACUACACCAACACGAAGAGGAGGAGCGGAGGGCUAGUCUCGUGCGUAGAACGAGCCAGGAAGAUAGAUCGGGUGGUUUGGGUGGUUUGCCGGAGGGAUUCGAGCUUGAUGAUGUACUCGAUGAUGCUAUGAAGAAGGUUAAGAAGAUGCCGAUGCAUCCGCCGAGGGAAGAAAGGGUGUAUAAAGAGAGCGUGGUUAAGGACGUGGAUGUGCCGAGGGCGAAGAGGUUAGUUAGACCGCCGGGGUUGGGGGCUGUGAGUGUGUUGAAGAGGGGGGAUGAGAUUGUGGGGGAUCCGAUUAUGGAGAGGGAACGAGAUGGUGCUGGGGAUGUUGGCGUGACUGAAUCGACGGAGGAACAGGCGCAGACGACUACCAGCGAAUCCACCGACGAGCCCACCAUAGGAGAGCCAGUCGAAGAUGUCGCCAGCUCCGUUGCAAACGCAGGAGAUCCCUUCCCUCCCGCCUCUGGGUGGGUGGGAGAGGCGGAGGGGAGGAGGUGGGGAGGAGGAGGGGUGGAGGAGGAAAUCAUCAGCGGCGACGUCGUCUCAUCCAAAUCGCUUCAAGAAAAGAUUCCGAUGACUGCUAGCAGAUCGAGCGACAAGUCCACACCACGCCCACUCUCAUCUCCACCGGCCUCCAAGGAUGACCUCCGCCUCCAAAUCCCCCCCUCAGGCAUCGUCCCCAUCGACGCAGACUUAAUCCUCUCCCUCGACGCCCCCGUCCCGCACCUCCAAGCCCAAAUCCUCGCCCUCCGCAACCGCCUCAAAUCCUCCUACCCCCGCAUCGACAACCUGCCCUACGACGUGUGGACCUCCUCCAACAAACGCACUUUGCAAACCUGGCUUAAAAUCUUAAUCAGUCGGUGGAACGCGCGGUUUGAUCAUGUUGAUGGUACUGGUCAGGUGGAUAAGCGCAUUGUGGAUGAGAGGGUCAAGGAGGUACUGGAUAGUAUGGUUAGGGAACAUGAUUUGGGGAACGAGGCGGCGGAACGUAUGGCGGUGAGGUGGCAUGAGGUUUUUGGGGGGAGGGGCGGGAUGGGGGGGGAUGCGGAGGGGAGGUUGGAUUGGGAGGAGAUGGAGGCGGGGGGGUUGGGGUUUUUGGGUGUGGAGAACGAGGAUGGUGGGGGUGAGGUGCCAGUGGGUGGGGUUGGUGAAGAGGUGGAUGUCGAGAAGAAGAACGCUGUGUCUGCGCCUGUGAGGAUGGCGGGGAGUGGUGUGACAACGAACGGGGUUAUGGGUCGCAGGAUGUACUCGACGUCGACGAGGAGGGGCUUUUGGUCUUGGUCGAAGAUUCUAGGGACGGAUGGAAAAGACGAGAAGAACGGGAAGAAAGAGGAGGUGAAGCAGGGACCCACGGUAGACGCCAAACCAGACAGCAAGACUCAGCCUAAGCCCGCUCCUACACCGAGCGCCGAACCAAUCGCGAAGAUCGAUACGAAGAUGCACGAAAAGACCAACGUCCAAUCAAUCGCCAAACCAGACGUCAAGCCCGACCCAAAGCGCCAACCCAAGCGCCCCGCAGAGUCCGUCCCACCAAAGCCCGACGCCAAAUCCGACGCCAAAGCAGACACAAAAGAUGACGCCAAACCCGACCCUCGCAAAAUUAGAGAAGACUCACCUCGGAUGCAUCGGCCUCCCGGUCAGGGCGUAAGUAAGACCGUCUUGCGGAGAAAGAGGAGGCAAGCUCGAGAACGAGAAGGUGGGGAGGCACAGAUGGACGUCCAAGAGCAAGGGAUAGAAGAUGAAGGACGACAGCCUGGCGCACAUGAACAUGCACAAGGACGAGCAGGAGAACUCGAAAGCCAACAGCCGCCCCAACAGCCGCUAACGUUCGAACGCGCAAUCGACAACUUUCUGCAAUACCGAGCGGAAAGCAUCAAAAAGGACGAGGAAGGCUUACCUAAACCCGUACCACGGACCCACCAAAUCGUUCCUAACCAAGACGCCGACACCGACACCGAUAAACCAGCCUUCGUACGCGCCAAGAGACCCCUCCAGUCCCUACCUGAACUCAGACGCUCGAGGCAUAUUGAAUGGAGAAAAUUGGAGCGGACAGAAUUGCCCGGGCCGCCUAGACAUAUUGUGAAGCCCCCGACAGACAACAAGGGCAAGGCUCCAGGAACGAAGUCGCUGCAAGACUUUUUGGAUAGCAUGAAUGAGGUCGCUGCGCAUUCGCCUUUUGAGGCGGAGCCGAGACAGCAGACUCGUCCUUUGUCGAUGCUGGAGGGGGAGAUGGAGGUACCAGUGCAACAACCAUCCUCCGCUCAACAACCCGUUUCACAGACCAAACCCACCUCCUCACAAUCCCAACUACAACAAUCACAACUACAGCAAUCCCAACCACCCCCCUCCCUCCCCCACCUCACACCCUCGGGAUCCGCACACAUGGUCUCCGUCUCCACCAAGGAACACACCACCCGCACCGCCAUCGCCAUCGGAACCGUGUAUUUCACCAACGCCGUGCCCCUCCGCCUCAUCCGCUCAAACGCCAACAAGAAAGGAGAUGUGUUGGGUACAUCGCGCAUAGCCGGCAUAAUGGCCGCGAAAAAAUGCCCAGACCUAAUCCCACUAUGCCACCCCAUCGCUCUCACACAUGUUAGCGUUGAACUCCGCCUUUUUGGUGAUAAGUGGGAUCCGCGGACAACAACAACAAAGGAAGGGGAGAUGGAGGGGAUUAUGGGGGUAUUGGAGAAGACGGAGGCGUUGGGCGGAAAGGAGAAGAUGAGGAAGAUGGGGAAGAUGGGUUUUGGGGGUGUGAACAUCGAAGCCAAAGUCCAAUGUACAGGCCCCACGGGUGUGGAAAUGGAGGCCCUUACGGCGGUUAUGGGCGCGGCGCUUAGUGUGGUGGAUAUGUGUAAGGCGGUGGAUAGGGCGCAGAGGGUGAGUGGUGUUAGGGUUGUUAUGAAGGAGGGGGGGAGGAGUGGGGGGUGGAGGGAGGGGGGGUGGAGGAGUUGGCAGGAAUGA